CAAAUGGGUAAUAAAAAAAUAUUAUUUUAAUGUAUACACUACAUUGUAUGGCCGUAUGGGUAACCACCUACGUUUAACAUUAUUCGUGUGUCGUUCAACAGUCAGUAGUCAUCGCAAUAGUAUUAUAAUAAUAUUGUAAUCGUUUUAGAUUAAAAUAUUUCAUUGUUUUGAAUUGCUUAUUUACGUGUUAUCGAAGCUCUACACUCCGACACUAACCGAGCUGCGCUCAUCACGGCUUUAGUAUUUGAUAUCGUAAAUUUUUUUUCAUUCAAUUGAUCAGGUGUUAUUGUUUUAUUAUUUUAUUUACCGUUAUCCAUAUUAUUAUAUCGAUUUUAAUAAUAUGACGGUUUUAUCGAAAAAAAAGGCUCAGGCUCUAUCGGAAGAAUGUGAACCUUCGUCGAGUGCACACGGCCAUGCCUUACCUCUUUCAACGACCCAAACACAUUCUCAGAUAAAUACAUUAGAUGAACGAAUUAAGUCUCCACAAAUAUGGUCUGUAGAAAAUAUUGAAAAUGUCUUAAGUUCAAAACAAGCAAAACGCAGGAUUCACCGUAGUCCUCACAGAAAUACAAGAAAUAGUAAAGGACGUGAUAGAGACAAUAGAUCAUCUCAAAGUCCUGGUACUUGCCAGUGUGGGGCCACUGACUUAAAUGGUCACUGUAGUUCAGAUAAAUGUGGAUAUAAUAGUGAGGAUGAAUACGGCGAAAUUCCAAAGCAAUUCAAUGACAUGGAAUGGGCUGAGCAAGAUCGUAUCUUUGAAAAAAAGUUGAAAAAAUGUGAUCUGAUUUUAAAACAAAUGAAAGAUGAUGGUGCAUGUCUGUUUAGAGCUGUCUCAGAUCAGUUAUAUGGCGACCAAGAUAUGCACGAUAUAGUUCGUAAACAAUGCAUGGAUUAUGUCUCAAGCAAUAAAGAUUAUUAUAUGCAGUAUGUUACUGAAGAUUUCAAUACAUAUAUUGCUCGUAAAAGACUAGACCGAACUCAUGGAAACCAUGUGGAAAUACAUGCUAUGUCUGAGUUAUAUAACCGUCCAAUUGAAGUUUAUUGUUAUGAAAUUGAACCAAUAAAUAUUUUCAAUAGAGCUAAUACAUCAGAGUCCUCUAAUCCGCCAAUAAGAUUAUCUUAUCAAAGAGGAAGUCAUUAUAAUAGUAUUGUAGAUCCACAUAAGGCAACAAUUGGUAUAGGAUUGGGAUUACCAAGUUUUUCACCUGGUUCAGCCGAUAAAAAAUUGUUAACUGAUGCUGUUCGUCAAAGCGAAGAUUACAUGUUAGAACAGACAAUGUUAGAAGAUAAACUCAGAGCUACAGAUUGGGAAGCCACAAAUGAUACAAUUGAAGAACAAAUAGCACGUGAAAGCUAUUUACAAUUUUUAAAAGAUAAUGAAAAACGAAAUAAAAACGAUAAAGAGUCUUCAGCUACGUCAACUGCCACUUCUGCAUCUAUUGUCAAAUCAUAUCAGUCUCGAACUUCGCCUCCAAGAUAUUCAGUUGGACCUAAAACCCCACCUCAUUUAUCUCCUCACAGAGAUCGUUCAGAAAUAGAAAAUCCAACAUUUGUAACAUUACCACCACAUCUUUUUGGCAUGUCAAAAUGGGAAGAUAUUGGUAUCCUAACAAAAGUGCUGGCCACUUCACAACAAGAAUACCUUGACAGUUUAAAAAGACAGCGCGAUGAACACAAAGAAGAAGGAGAUAAGAAAUAUUUAUAUGAUACAGAAAAACCAUCAACUUCUCAAUGAAAUUAGAAAACAGUGAUAAUGUUGAUAAGAUAUACAUUAUGCAUUAUUAUUAAGAUCAACAAUUUUUUCUCGCUGCUUUUUUAAAAUUAUUUUUAUUUUAAUCUACCACGAGCCUUAAUAUCUUGCCUGGGUGGCCUCUGAAAGGUAUUUCACCGCUCACAUAUUUUUUAUUCAAUCAAUUUUUUUAAUUAAUACAUUAUAAUCUUUUUUUUUAAAUUUUAAUUGUUUAGGUAGGUACUUGUUUGUUUAUGCUCCACCACCAAGCCGCAUAAAAUGUAUCAUCCUGCUAUCUGGCAACCUUAGGUCAGCUAAAUCUAAAAUUUGAAUAUUUCUCUGUAUCUCAAUAUUUUAUGUGUUGGUUAGUCUAGUAUGUGAUUUAUUUAUGGAAAAUACUUCUUAGAUAAUAUUUGAAAUUGUAUUUUAUUAUAUUAUAAUUAAAGUCUGGAUUUAUAUGUUUUUACAUAUUUGAUAAUUUUUUAUGGGUUAGGGAAUAUUUAGAUUAUUUUGCAGAAAAAAAUACCAAUUUAUUUCAUUUUUAAAACUAUUGUUAUUAAUUUUAAUAUUACGGUACUUGAAAAAAUAUUUUAUCAACCAUAAUUAUUUUUUUAUAUAAUUUUGAUAAAAAAAACAGUAAUUUGCUAGUAUUAUUAUGUCAUUGUCAUAGAUCUAAGUAUAAUAAUAUGGUUGCUGUGUCGUUUUAGUUUACCCAAUGCUGGGCGAGUUAACAAUUUUUUUUAACUCGUUAAGUUAAGUUAUUUUAAAAUAACAAUGCCAAGUUAAGUUAAAGUUGCUUGUUUUUUUUUUUCAUCACCUUGUUAAGUUAAAAGUUAACUUUGAAAAAAAAAUAACUUAACUUGGUGUUACAAAUAAAAACCAUAAUUCAACGGACGUUCACAUGGUGGCAGGGUGAUAAAUUGUAUACUGUGUGGUGGUGGGUGAUACCAAACAAGUACCAUCGUUUAUUAUGCAAUUAACGUUUAAAAUACUUGAAUUAGUAUGUUCAAUUAAUUUUUUUUUGUCAUUUUGAUUCAGCUAGUUUUUCAGAGUUAUAUAAAAUUGGAAAAGUUUAAAUGAUUUUGUUUUAAAGAGCUUUCGUGACUUGUGAGUACUAACAAACAUGCAUCAUUUUCAUGUAUUACAGUGAAACUUUCAUAUAACGAACUUCCAUUUAACGAAAUAUUCUGUUUAACAAAAUAUUUUUAAGAACUAUGACCUUCAUUGUUAAUUACACGUAAAUUUAUCUCCAAAUAACGAAUCUGAUGUUUCUAUAUAACGAAAUAAUUAUUCGAUAAAAACCAGUUUUUGUAAAUGUUGUCACUAGGGCUCGGAUGUUGUUGCACUAAAAAUGUUAUAAAAUUGAUUGCAUUAUUGCUGCGAAAAACACCCAAAAUUGCACUUAAAAAUUGCAAUAAAAAAAUAUUUUGUACCAAAAAAAUUAAAAAAAAUAUAUUAACAAAUUAUUUUAUGAAAUGAAUUAAGUCAUUUUAUUAAUUAAUAUUAUAAAGUUUUAUUAGGUAGGUUUUAAACGAGUAGAUAAUAAAAAAGAUUCAAAUUCAAAUUCUCGUCAGUUGUCAUUAAAAAACUGGUAAAUUGUCCGGUCUUCUUAUUUUUUCAGAAACCUACAAAUAAUUUUAUCAAAAUUUAAAAGUUUUAUAUUAAACUAUUUUUUAUUUUUUUUUUUUAAAAACUUUACCUUACCUUAAAAAUUAUUGCACUGUACUAUAAACGACUUCUUCAGGUUCUCAAACUGUGAUGACCGCGCUAUCUGCUAUAUUAAAUGGUUUUUCCAGUUACCGCUGUCGACGACGGUCAAAUAAGCCGUCACGAGUCACAACCAACAAAGCCCGACAUAACCAUAGAUUAAACCUGUAUAAUCUAACAAAAAAAAGUGAAAACACAAAAAAAUACAUAAAAUUGUAUUGAAAAUGACGACAAUCAACAAAAUUGAAAAAAGGUCAAAAAUUGCAAAAAGUUGCACUUAAAAUUUUUAUAUAUUAAUUGGUACUCGUUUGAAACAAAUUUAUAACCUACUUAGCAACGAAUCCGAACAAUAGAAAAAAAGUUGCAAAUGCAACAACAUCCGAGCCCUAGUUGUCACUAUCAAAUUGAUAGUUUAUGUCAUAGUUCUAAAAUUUUACAUGAACAAUGUAUCCGAUAAAGAUAAGACACUGAAGGUAGGCAAACUGAUUAAUUUUACUUAAGAAACUUUUUACGAAAGAAGGACAAUAAUAAGCAAACAAAACUUACUGAUUAUUUCUUUCAAAUUAUAUUUAAGGUUAAAAAUUAAAUUAAACUGUAAUAUGAUGUUUGAUGUUGUUUUUACAUACAUACAAUAUACAUAAUAAAAAAAUAAUAAAAAAAAAGUUGAAAAAAAUACGUAAUUCUAUUUAACAAAUUCCUCUAUAUAACAAAUUUUUUUUGCUGCUUAUUCGACUUCGUUAUAUGGAAGUUUCACUGUAUAUUGAUUAAUGAAAGCCAAUGAAAGUUACUCUCAGUAGAUUAAAGUAUGUAGUCUUACUUAAUUUAAUUGAUUUUUAUCCACCUAAGUUAUAUAUUUUUUAAUAUUCUGUAUUUUUAAAACAUUUGCUGUACUUGUUGACUAACUGCAACUAAGAUAUAUUAAUUGGGGGCUACUCCCCCACUAGAUUUUAGUUAAGCAAGAAAUGUAUCGAUAUUACAUUAAAAAUUCUAAAUCAAUUUUUAAAUUUAAAAUUAAGUAGUUAAUACCUUAUGAUUAAAAACAAGAUUUUUGUGCACAAAACGUCUGAAAAAGGUGCAAUUAAAAUGUCGAAAUGUUUAAAAUAUGUAUUAUGAUUUAUGAAUUAGAGAACAAUCUUUUAGGUUAGGUAUAUCAAACUAUAUUUCUAUUGCUAUUUAUUUUAUAAUAGCUAAAUAGACUAAUAGUGUUCAAACUAAAAAAAAAACAUCUUCAUUUUAAAUCGGUAGCUAGUAAUAACUAAUAAGUAACUUUCUUUUCUUAUAAUUUCAAUAGCUGUCAACUAAAAUAACUGAUUUAAUCUAUUAUCAGAGAUUCUCAAACUUUUUUUUUUCCGUUCCACUCAUGUGUAUUCUGGAUCAGUCAUCUACUUACCACUAAUGUAUAAAAAUAAUAAUUUAGUUACAUUUAAUAGCAUAUUUAGUACCUAUUUACUGAAAAAAUAAUUAAUAUCAGAUUCGUUACAAACAUUAGUAAAAAUAUUAGUUUAUUAAUUUUCCGUACUACCACCCCACGUCUACUGCAUGCGUACCCUAUGUAGUUUUCUUGGUACCACAGUUUGAGACGGCUGAUCUAAACCUUCCUCGAUUCGUCAAAAUCUUUCAAUUAUUAAAAAUUAUAUAAAGCUAUACAAUUAAUAAUAUCUCUAUAUAUCAAUAAUCCUCCAACCUCUGACGACCUAAAUAUAAAACCAUAUGUUGUGGAUUACUAAUAUGAAUAAUAACACAAACAUAUUUUAUAGUCUUUGAUUGUUAACUUAAUGAUGUACAUCAAAAUUGUCUACUCACUAAUAACCGACGGGCCGUCCUCACCAGUCAUUUUUUUUCAAGUGAGAAGUUUUCAAGUUUUCUACUUGCAGCUGUGACAUAAUAAUAUGUACAUAUUUUUAUGUAUCCUAAGCGCAUGCCCGUUUUUUUCUUAAAAAAAAAAAAAAUUAUACCUAACAGCUUAUUUAUUGAUAAUAUGGUUGUCACAGCUUUGUUAUCUGUAUUAAAUCAUAUUAUAUUAAGUUCCAAUGACAUUGAUAAAGUAACACAAACUAAAAAUAAUAUCUAUAAUACAUUUAAUAACAAAUAAUACGAAAACGCUUGCAUUUCGAUGAAAUAAAAUUUAAAAUGUUUAUUUUAAUGCAACCCCCCUGAAAUCUGCAAUUUUUUGGAAAAUAAAAUGUUUGAAUUAUUCUAAUUCACUUGAUUCGGAUUUAUAACUUGUUUCUAUAGAUAUCUGAACACAUCAAAAUGUUGUAAUUGUAUGAGAAUUCAGUCUUUAUUUAUUGAUAUUCUCUGUUUUUUUUUAUAAGCACUGCCUCAAUAGCUUUAUUUUAGUUUAGCCUUUGUGUAUUCUGUUAUAUUCAGGGCUCGUAAGUACAUGUACUAAAAAAACACUUGAAUAUAAUAUAUGCAACUAAAAAUGCUCAAAUAUACAGUAAAAAACUUUAAUUACGCAAUGAAAACAUAUACAGUAGAUUCUUAAUAUGUCGAACGUCGCUACCUCGAAUUUUUCGUUAUCUCGAACUACUUUGAAUUUCCCUUGAAACUACUAUUACACUUAAUAGUGUUUUGCUCUCGAUAACUCGAUAUAAAAUAAAUCGUUUUUCGUUAUCUCGAGUUCACAAAUAAUAUUUUUGUUACGGUUAACAUAGGAAUUGUGCAGUACAUUGCAUACAUUGUGCAGGCAGAGCAGUAUAGCGAUUGUGAUUUAGCGCGUUGGUAGUCACGUUUGUAGUCUUUCGUAGUUCGUUUGUUCGUUUGUAGUGGAAUGGAAAAGAAGCGUAAAUUAAAUGUUCUUUCAAUUUCGGACAAAGUUCGUUUAAUACAGUUAGUUGAAAAAGGUGACCGUAAAAAAUGUGAAAUCGCCAAAGAAUUCAAUAUUCCACCAAAUACAUUAUCGUCAAUUAUUAAACAGAAAGAGAAAAUAAUGAAGUUCAAUUGUGGAAAUAUGAAAAAAAUGAGGAUGACUCCUUAUUUAGACAUUGAUAAAUGUUUGCUAAAAUGGUUUACUCAGUGUCGAGAUAAAAACAUACCAUUAAAUGGUAUUUAGUUUUUUUAUUUUUUAAUAAAACUCGAUAUCUCGAAGUUUUCGAUAUCUCGAACUUUUUUCUGUUCCCCUUGAGAUUCGACAUAACGAGAAUCUACUGUAUAAGUUUACAACAACCAUUAUUUUGAACGUCUUAUUUGUUAAUCAUUUAUAUAUUGAUUAUAUUAUAAAAUGUAUAAAUGGUAUUUUUAAAUUUUUAAAGAAAUUUUGUUUUUGAUAGACAUAAAAACAAUUGGUGGGUACUUACAUUUUAACUUAAAACCAUUUGUGUUAACAAAUUUAAAAUGCUUCAAUAAUCCAAAAUAUGCCAAAUAUCUAAAACUUCAAAAUAUGCAAAUAUACAAAAUAAAUUUUAUAUGCUGAAUCCUAUUACCUUGAAAUUGAUUUUUGUGUUACUGUGGUAAGCUCUUUCAAAAAGGUUUUAUUGAAAUUAAAUAAAUUAUUCAGUGCUUAUGUAUUCAAUAGAUAAUUUUUCACUUAACUUUAUACACUCGCAAUGAAUGUUCCAUAGAGGGUUUAUAGAAAUCAUUUAUUUUAAUUCCAGUUUGUAAAUAACUUUUUUAUGUACUUUGUCUGUAUAAAAUUAAAAUAACAACAAUUUAAGCUAUGUAUGUAUUAUAACAUUAGUAUGCAGUGAAUGUAAAAUUGUAGUAGUGUGUUAAAUUUAUUGUGUUAAUACGUGAUUAUGAUUUAAUAAUCAUCAAGCUAAUAUAAUGUUAUAUGCCAGGUUGCGUAAACAAUUACUAAUCAUUCAAUGCACCAAUGAGCUAAUAGUCUCUUUAACAUGAAAACAUGAUUAAAUAGCUGAUGAUUGAUCCAUUAAUUUUAUUGAAUUAUUAAAUGAAUCAAUGUUUUGUGUUACUCGUCAUGAAUGUUUUUAAUAAGGAUGUAAGGCUUAUAUUCGACAUAUUUUCAAUUUUGUGAUAUAAAUUACACUUUAAUAUUUAAUUAUGAUAUUGGAAUUAUAAUACAGAUAACCGUUAUCUUGUUUAUCAGAAAUAUAUGAAACAUUGUAAUAUUUCUAUAAUAUUAAGGAUUUCGGAGCUGGUGGGUUUUUUAGUACAAAAACAUGUAUAACAGGAAAAACUCACACCCUGUAGAAUAGUCGGAUUUAGUUAAUUUAUUUUUAUUUAAAAAAAGAACAUUUUACAGGUUGAAUUAAAUCUUACUAGUAAAAAAACUUAUAAGUUAUAAUAUUAUAGAAGCUAAAAUAUGCAUUUGAAUAAUGCACAAUAUGUUUUGUUCUUUUUCAAACAUAUUAUUCUAGCACUAUUUAAUGUAAAAUAAACAUUUGAGCUUUGAUCCGACCUGAAAAAAGUUCUCAUCUUUCAGAUAAAAAAAAUUAUUAAAAUUUGAAAUAUCAAUGUGGCGUGAAAGUUUUUGCUGUAAAGUCAUUUUUUGGAAAAACUGCACCUACACCCUUAUCAAAAAAUAAUAAUAUUUUAUUACUGUGAUUGUAAUAAUUAUUUGAUUAUAAUAUAAGUUAGUGUAAUCGAUACAUUUUUCUAAAGACACGUGUAUUUUUUAUAAAUUAAAUGUAGUUCUUGUUUUAUCAUGCAAUUAUUGAGAUAUUUGUCAUGUGUUGAUAGUUUAUGUAUAGUUCCAAACAUCACAAUAUUAUUAAUCAUACAUACAAAUAUACAGUGGCAUAUUUUCAGGGGGAAGGUCUCGACCCCCCCCCCCCACC